AUUAUUAUCAAUAAAAUAAAAAUAAAUUUUUAUUAUAAAUAUGUUAAUUUUUUAAUGACUGAUAUGUGAUAUAUUAUGAGAAAAUUAGACGAGUGCGAAAUGUGGAAUUUGAUGACAAGUUAAACUAUAUAACGAAACAUGAGAAUUUUAAGUGAGUGAGUUAAAUAAAAUCAGUCGUUAAAAGUAAGUCUGUAUGAACGUUACUAAUUUUUUUUAAAUUCAAAAUGAAUUUUAAUUAGUGAAAAAAAAAAAAAAUUUGUGAUAAUAGAAUUUUUUUAAUUAAUUAAUUAUCGUAGUUAAGUAAAAAAAAUUUUGAAAUGUCAACGAAAUCAAAUCCGCGACCUUCGUCCCCGCGGCGAUUUUUCGCGCGGAUUUACGGUCAUCUCGAGAGCAAAGACGAGAGUGUAAAUAAGACGGAAGAUUUGACAGCUGGAUUUGAUGACAAGACUGACAGUGAUCAAGUAAUUAGAGACUCGCGGUUACGCGUAAAAAGAUUCGUGGAGAUUAAAAAUUGCGCGGAACCGGGCGAGGGGGAUGAUGGGGACGAGGGUGACGAUGAGGAAGAAGAAGUCAAGCGGGAGUUGGUUAUCAAAGACAAAGUUGUAGAUAAAGUUGAGAGCAAGGAAAUAAUUGGGGGUGAGUUAAUUGACAGCAAUUUUUCACGGCCUUUUUUACCUCACGGUAUUUUCGCCGGAAGUGCGACGCAUCCACUUCAUCACCUGGCACACGGUGGACAUCCGGUUCCUUCUAUGCCGUCGCAUCUUCAGAAUCUCGCGGGACAUCCGGCAGACUCGCACUUCCAUGGGUUCUCUGCUUUCCUCGCAAGAAGAAGAAGAAAAGAAGGAAGACCAAGAAGACAACGUACGACAUUCAGUGGUGAACAAACAGCGAGAUUAGAACUAGAAUAUCAUCGCGGGGAAUAUAUAUCACGUAGCAGAAGAUUUGAAUUAGCAUCGGCAUUGAGACUUACGGAGACGCAGAUUAAAAUAUGGUUUCAAAAUCGUCGGGCGAAGGAUAAAAGGAUCGAAAAGGCACAACUGGAUCAACAAUAUCGAAACUUUGCGGUGUCAAAUGCGCUCGCUAAUUUCCCAGUCUACAGCAAUUUCUGCGGAUUGUGUUUUUACAAGGAUCCAAACAGGGAGUUGACACCCCACGCCUGUAUUUCGUCACCUUAUCGUCCUGAUAUUAUGAUAAAAAGUUUACAGGAUAAAAAUCGAGCGAGUAGCAGCAGUAGUUCUAGCAGCGAAAGCUCGGAAAUUCCACCGAUUGCUAUUUCUCCGAUUUAAAGACUUAUUAAUUUAAUUAUUAUUAUUAUUAAUUAAUAAAUUUAUCAAGUGAUUACUUAAUUGUUUUUUAGUCUUAUGUAGUUUAUUUUUAAAUUGUAAUUUACUAUUUUUUUUUCUUCAUUACUUUUGGGGUUAAUGAACUGAAAUUAAUUGACAAUUGUUCAAUUAUCUCAUGCCGUAAUUAUUUAAUUACCUGAUUUUUUUAAAUUACCAAAAAUAUCUGUUAGUAAAAUUAAUUUUUACCAUACUUAUGGCGAAAGUUUAAUUCCCGCCCUGGGAGGGAAGAAAGUCGUCUUUUUAUUCAUGAGAAAAAUCAGCACAUGCGCCAUUUUCCCCAUAAUCGGCGGGAAAAAUUUAAACCUUCAAGUGCAGGUCUAGUAAAUUACAGGCCGAGGGAGAAAAGUAGGGCAUUCUGAUCCAUGUGUGUAAAUUUUUACUGUAGCCGAAGUAAUUGCGUAGGAAAGUUUAAAUUUUUACUCAUUGGCGGGAAAAAUUUAAAUUCAAACUUCAAAUUUUAGAUGCAAAUAAAAAUAUUCUAGAACUUUAUAUGCUAAUUUUUAUUAUUUAUCACUCGUAGGAAAAGUUACGACUUCUUUCUUCUCUAAGCAAGACAGGAAUUUAAACUUUCGGUGCAGGGAUAGUGAAAAUUAGUAAAUUACAGACCAAAGGAGAAAAGUAGGGCAUUUUGACACACGUGUGUAAAUUUUUACUGUAGCCGAAGUAUUUGCGUAUGAAAGUUUAAAUUUUUGCUCAUUGGCGGGAAAAAUUCAAAUUCAAAUUUUAAAUUUUAGAUGCAAAUAAAAGUAUUCUAGAACUUCAAAUGUUAAUUUCUAUUAUUUAUCUUUCGUAGGAAGUAGCGACUUUUUUCUUCUCUAAACAGGACAGGAAUUUAAAUUUCCGGCGCAGGGAUAGUAAAAAUUAGUAAAUUACAGACCAAGGAAGGAAAGUAGGACAUUCUGACCCAUGUGCGUAAAUUUGAACCCGAGUCGCAGGACUUGUAUAUGCAAGUUUUAAUUUUUUGCUCAUUGGCGGGAAAAAUUUGAAUUCAAACCUCAAAUUUUAGAUGCAAAUAAGAGUGUUCUAGAACUUGAUAGUAUGCUAAUUUUUAUUACAGUCCAGUCGCGUUAUAAGUUCGCCGACUUAUAUUUCCUCUAUGACUGAAAAUAAUCGUGUACACAUUCACGCGCUUGCAAAGUAGGGGAAGUGUAAGUUACUGCGUUCAACUGCUGAGCGGAAGUGGGGGUACAGAAAUUCUUAGAAUUAUAUUUCCCUACACCCCUGUAGGCGGACUUAUAACGCGAUUCAAUUGUGUUCAUCUUUCGUAAGAAGUUACGUCUUUUUUUUCUCUAAACAGGACAUGAAUUUAAACUUUCCGCGCAGGUAUGGUAAAAAACCAAUUCUUGUUAUAUGACAGUAGUCGAGCGGCAGACUCACUUGCAUUGUAUUCUGAUAGUCCCGGGUUCGAGCCCUGUCUUGAGUAAAAAUGAUUUUUUUUAAAUUUAAAAAUUACAUAAAAUAAAUCAUUUCGUUUAUAUAUAUAUUUAUAUAUACUUUUACUCCAAAUAUUUAAAUUAAUUAAUUUAAAAUAAUUAAAAUAUUUUAAUGAGAAAAAAAAAUAGUAAAAUACAUUUUUUUAUUUUUAUUUUACUGAAUAUAAAUAUUUUAAAUUAACCAAAGACUUGUAAUUUAUUUAAAAAAAAA